GAAACAUAUCUUCAAAAUGGCUUCAGAUCCAACCGUUUUUUUACUCAAAUGUGGAGUUCAACAGUAUGCUUGGGGAAAGAUUGGAAGUGACAGUGAAGUUGCCAAAUUGUCCCAAAAUUCUAAUCCAGAUUUCAACCUGAAAGAAGAUGCUCCUUAUGCUGAGUUGUGGAUGGGGACACACCCGAACUGUCCAUCUUAUGUUGAUAUUCCCGGUAAAGAACAAAUAAAACUGGAAGACUGGAUAAAAGAUCACCGUAACAAAUUGGGUUCCGAAGUCAACACUUAUUUUGAUGGAAAACUACCAUUUCUUUUUAAAGUCUUGUCUGUAAAGACAUCUUUAUCUAUUCAGGCUCAUCCAAACAAGGUACAUGCCGAACAGCUACAUGCUUCAAGACCUGAUGUCUAUAAAGAUUCCAAUCAUAAGCCAGAAAUGGCAAUAGCUUUAACCCCUUUUCAAGGUCUCUGUGGUUUUAGAAUGAUCAAAGAAAUAGUGGAAUAUGUUCAAGAAAUUGAAGAGUUACGUACUGUAGUUGGUCCUCAUAAUGCAUGUAAAUUGAUAACUGUCAGUAAGUCUCUUGAUAUGCCAUUACAUAGAGAAGCUAUCAAAGACUGUUUUAUGGCUAUGAUGGAAAGAGAUGCAGAUACAGUGAAAAAAGAACUUGAAAAACUAGUCAAUAGAGUACAAGUAUUAGUGGAAGCUGGUCACGAUACAACAGCCUACAAUGGUCAGUUAUUAUUAAAACUACAUGAAGAGUUUCCUGGUGAUGUCGGUGGCUUUGCUAUAUAUUUCCUCAAUAUAAUAACUCUCAAACCAGGACAAGCCAUGUUUUUAGAAGCUGAUUUGCCACAUGCUUAUCUAUAUGGAGAUUGUAUGGAGUGUAUGGCAUGCUCUGAUAAUGUAGUAAGAGCCGGUUUGACACCAAAACUUAGAGAUGUACACACUCUAUGUGAGAUGUUAGAUUAUACUGGUAGACCAGCAGCUAAAACUCUGUUUAAAGGUGUAGAAAGUGUGGAGGACAUAAAUGUUACUGUAUUUAGACCCCCAGUACCAGAUUUCUCUGUAAUACGAUAUGAGAUACCAGAGACGAUAAAAGAGAAGAAAUUAGCACCAGUAGAUAGCGCUAGUAUCUGUAUUGUAAUACAAGGACAGGGUAGUCUAACUAAUCAUAGCAUAACAAAACCCAUAUCUCUUAAACGAGGUUCUGUAUUCUUUAUUGGUGCUAUGGAAGAGGUAGAGUUACAAGUUAGCUCUAAUUUUCUAUUAUUCAGAGCUCUGGCUGGGUUAUGAUAGGUUGAUUGAGGGUAAAAAGUUGGAAUGAAUCUGUUUUUGAGGGAAUGUUUAUUUUAAUUUUAAAAUUGUAUUUAACAAACAAAAUUGAUAUUAAUUUUUUUUUUAAAAUUGUAUUUAACAAACAAAAUUGAUAUUAAUUUUUUUUUUAUCUAUUUGGGAAAAUAUGAAAGUGAGUAAAUAAAUGUGCAUUUAGCAUUUUAACGCUACCAACUAAAAUAUACCACAAACUUUUUCUUACCUAAUUGAAUCAUUGGAUCAUUUUCAAUUAAGGUUGUAGGCACCACUGUGUAUUAUACAUAAGUUUUUGUCAUGUAUUACAAGGGCUAGCUGAAAAGUUCUAAGCCUGAAAAGGAUAGAUCAAUUGAGUUGAAACAAACUUUUGCCACCAACAAGUAUAAUCAUUGAAUGAAUCAUAGACAUAAGCACUGCAACUGUAGUGUUGUUGUUGUCUUCAUACCAGACCUUCUCGUGGACCUACCCAUUAAACUCACCAGAAAUGGACUAACAGGCUAUAGGGGAUCCUGAAAAGCUAUCAAGAGCAGCCAUUGAAGAAAACAUUAUCCGGGUGCAUGACAUGAUGAUGGCUGAUUGACGAUUGACCACUCGACAUAUUGCCAGUGUUGAUCACAUUAUCAGCGAGUUAGGAAUGACAAAAGUUUCUGAAAGAUGGGUGCCAAAGCUCUUGUCUGUGGAUCAGAAACGUGUCAGAUCCAUGAUGUCCCGUGACAAUCUGCACCGUUUUGAAGCAGAUCCUGAUAAUUUUUGGGCCAAAUUCGUAACCAUGGAUGAGAUCUGUUUCCAAAAAUGGAACUAGCCAGUCGUCAUUGUCCUAGUGUAGGGUGGCUGAAGAAAAUUUCUUCCUGACCGACACCCCAUCCCAGCCAACAUCAUUGGCAAAAGUGUGUACACCCCGAAGGGCACUAUGAAGGAAAAUAAAUGAAUACCAUCGACUUUGUACAGGUCUUUCACAGAUAGGCUUUGAACUUUUAAUUGAAUUGUAUACAUGGAAAAAUACUAAAUCUAAAAAUUUAAACAUAAACUAUUUAAAUAAACUAUUGGCAAGGACUGAUUUUCUGAACGAUCUGAUUAAACACAUCCUAUUUCUUUUCAAUUUUUUAGUUCAAAACUUUGUUUUACUUGUCUAAAAAACGGAAAUAAAUAUAGCUCUGUAUUUUAAUCAGAUUGGUAAAGAAGCAAAACCAUGCUUAGAUAUGUGGCUUAAUGCCCCCCAAAAAGACUACUUUGUUUAUUAGAUUUUAAUUCUAAGGCAAUUUUAUACGGAAUUUCAAAUUUAGGGGAGUUGACACCUUAAUAUUUUUGGGGACACAGUGAAAUGUUAUCGUUAUCAUUGCUUUUUAAUACUGCAAUGUUUUUAGAUCCAUAAACUUUGGGAAUGAAAAAUCUUUGAAUUGAUAUUUACAACUCUUUUGGAAACCCAUCAUCUUGAUAUAUCACUGUGGCUAGAAGUGAAAUACUAAUAAAGUGUAAAACAGUCACUCACAAUUAUUCAGAAUGAUAUAAAAUCAAUAUUUGCCAUCUAUACAACUGUCAAUAAUACUGGGAGUAGGUGUUUAAGCAAGGUGGUUUUGUUUCUGAUAGCGUCAUUACAGCCGUUUUGCAGGCUACAUAAUAUUCGGGGGGAGGGGAAUUUUUAAGACAUAAUGUUCACAUUUCUUUAAUUACAUAAUAGCCAAUGGAACAAUUGAAUAGCUUUUGUAUGCGCCCACAUUUUCAUGUGGAUGUAUAUUGUCGUUGACCCUGUCUGUCUGUCCAUCCGCCGUCCACAAUUCGUUUGUGGACUCUCUACAGGUCACAAUUGUUAUCUAAUACCAAGGUUGUGGACCCUCUAUAAGUCACAAUUUUAUCCGAUUUUAAUGAAACUUGAAAUGUAUAUUUAUAACUCAAAGAUCACGGUUCCUUUCAACAUUCGCCCAUAAUGGACCGUAACUCUCUGGAUGAUUGUACAAAAAAUCACAUUAUUUUUUUAGCUCGUUCUCUGUCCAUCUCUUGCAAAAUGUGGACAUAUCUUGCAUGGCAACCAACUGCUUGUUGUAAAGUGCAAUAAAACUUCAUGUAAGAUUAUAAAAAUGAUUAAUUUUGUAUAUAACGAUUUAAAAAAAUAUUUGGUUUGGGCUUUACUUUACUUGUGUAUAAAUGAAAGCUAAAAAAAGACUUUCGUGUUUUGGAAUAAAAGAGCCUUCAUUUCUGUUUAUCAGUAUUUGGUUCCUGUCUCAUUAAUACUUACUUAACGCUAUGUUGUCUUUUAAUUGUUACAUAUUAAUGACAGGGUGUUCUGGUUAUAUUACUUAAUUUUACUUUUCUGUUUGUUGAUUUUAUGUUUGAUAAAUUUGAUGUAUGUAAUCAUUAGAUGAUUAAUUGUUGUAUGUAAUCUGUGUAUGCAGUUCCCAGUAACUUGAGUUGCUGAGGUAAAUCAUAGAUUUAAACAUAUUUGGGGUGCUACUUAUAUAAUUAGGGUGCAAUAUAUAUUAAAAGCUAUUUUACACUAUUUCUAUAGAGUUUACAUUAUUUUUACCCUGUGGUUGAUAUUAUGUUUGAUAAAUUUGAUGUAUGUAAUCAUUAGAUGAUAAAUUGUUUUAUGUAAUCUGUGUAUGCAGUUCCCAGUAACUUGAGUGGCUGAGGUAAAUCAUAGAUUUAAACAUAUUUGGGGUGCUACUUAUAUAAUUAGGGUGCAAUAUAUAUUAAAAGCUAUUUUACACUA